UUGGAGUUACGCCCGCCUUGCAAUCUAACGGUCGACACGGGCGAUGAGAACUGUGAUAAAAAUGCCACCAUAAAAUACCAUUUGGAUGCAGAAACGUUGAACUGUCUACCAUUCAAAUACGCAGGAUGCGGUGGAAAUGCCAACAGAUUCCGUUCCAGUUCUGAAUGUCGAAUGAGGUGCUUACCAAUGGACUAUUUGAAAUGCCCAGCAAAUUCGCCUCCUACGCAUAGAGCUGAUGGAACUUCAGACUGUGACGAGGUGACGAAGAAAUGCCCAGAAGGGUCAUCUUGUCAGCGAGGAUUUGUUGUGGGCAUCUGUUGUGACAACAAAAAUCUUGAAAAAUACUAUGCGAAUGUGAAACCAGAUUGCGGUCAUAAAAAGGUGGUCAAGGAUAAAUCGAUAGAGUUUCCCGUGAGUUUCCUCCCUGAUAAGUCAACGCAGAAAAGUGUAGUUAGUGUUGGACUGUCAGGAAAGAUCUAUAGCACAAUUUUAUAG